ACACGCACCACUUGGGACCCCUACUCCUCUCUAUUACCACUGCUACUACUACCUCUAGUCCUCCCUCACGCCUCUCUCUCUCUACUCCUAACAGAACACAGGCACUAGCGAGCCGAGCUAAAGCAGAGCAGCAGGAAACCGUCUGUAUUGAGUUUGGGCCCGUCGAGCUAAAACCUAACCUACGCUAGUAUGGAUAUUGCCAUCCAGCACCCCUGGUUCAGACGUGCCAUGGGCUCCAUGUAUCCCGCUCGUCUCUUUGACCAGUUUUUCGGGGAGGGCAUGUUCGACUAUGACAUGUUCCCUUACGCUGCCUCCACCAUCAGCCCCUACUACAGACAGUCGCUGUUCCGCAACUUCCUGGACUCCACCAACUCUGGCAUGUCUGAGGUCAGGUCCGACAGGGACAAGUUCUCGGUCUUCAUGGAUGUGAAGCACUUCUCUCCUGAUGAACUCAACGUAAAGGUGACUGAUGACUAUGUGGAGAUCCAGGGAAAGCAUGGAGAGAGACAGGACGACCACGGUUACAUCUCACGUGAGUUCCACCGCCGCUACCGCCUCCCCUCCAGCGUGGACCAAUCGGCUAUCUCCUGCACACUGUCCACCGACGGCCUCCUGACCCUUUGUGGCCCAAAGGUCACCGGUGGCGGUGGCGACCUCGGCCGUGGCGACCGCAGCAUCCCCGUCACCCGCGACGACAAGACUAACACCGCCCCCUCCUCUUAAGAAGAGGGGCGUGCUGCCGGCUGGGUGGCACUGGGGAUGCGGGGGGUGUCGAAGGGCGGAAGGGGGCAUGCAGGGG